UGCUUUUUUUUUUUUUAGCACAUGCAGCCGAGAGGUCGGCUGUAUAACAGAUGCAGCCGGAGUUUUAGUCGGACCAGAAUAGCGAUCCACAGUGUGUGGCGUCAUAACCAGCUAUCUCUCUCUCUCUCCCUCUCUCUCUCUGUAGCUUUUAUAUAUUGAUUUCUGUGAAAUUGUAUCUGUGAAAUUGUUUUAUUGUAUAGACGUGUGUAUUGAAGAGCAUUUGAAUCAUGGAGAAUGGUACCACCCGCGUCACCAUGACCAAGUUCUGGCAGGAGCACUCGGAGCAGGCCACGGUGGAGGAGAUGAUGCUCGACUCCAACGCCAAGAUUAUCUCCAGAGAGGAGGUGCCGGAGAUCCUCGCCACCCUGCCUGCACUGGGGGGGCUCAGAGUGCUGGAGCUGGGGGCUGGCAUCGGGCGCUACACUCAGCACCUGGUAAAGGUGGCCAGUCAGGUGACAGCGGUGGAUUUCAUGCAGAAAUUCCUGGAUAAGAACAAAGAGGACAACGGUCACCAUGGAAACGCAGAGUUCCUCCAAGCAGAUGCCAUGCAGCUGGACUUCCCAAAGAACAGCUUCGACCUGGUCUUCUCAAACUGGCUGUUCAUGUACCUGAGCGACACGGAGCUGCUCUCACUCGCCGGCCGCAUGCUGGACUGGCUGAGUCCCGGCGGGUUCCUCUUCUUCAGGGAAUCCUGCUUCCACCAGUCAGGAGACAGUGACAGGAACUUCAACCCCACCCUGUACCGGAGCCCCUCCCAAUACAACCACCUCCUGACCUCCGUGGAGCAAGACGACCCUGCCAGCGGCGACGCCCAGGGCAGCGGCUUCGAGAUCGUCAUGAACAAGUCUGUUCAGACCUACAUCAAGAUGAAGAAGAAUCAGAACCAGUUGUGCUGGCUGCUGCAGAAGGUGAGACGGAACUGCUCGGCCAACCAGGGCUUCGCUACAUUCCAGCAGUUCCUGGACAGCCAGCAGUACUCUCGCCGCGGAAUCCUGCGUUACGAAAAGAUCUUCGGACGAGGCUUCAUCAGCACGGGGGGGGCCCGGACCACCGAGGAGUUUGUGGACAUGCUGGCGUUGAACCCUGGACAGAGAGUGCUGGACGUGGGCUGUGGGAUCGGAGGAGGAGACUUUUACAUGGCCAGGAAAUUUGGUGCGUCGGUCCUGGGCAUAGAUCUCUCCUUCAACAUGGUGGAGAUUGCCAUGGAGAGAAGCGUAGAGGAGAACUUGCCUUCAGUACAGUUUGAAGUCGGAGAUGCCACAAGGAGGCUCUUCCCAGAAUGCUCUUUCGACGUGGUUUACAGCCGAGACACUAUCCUGCACAUCGCUGACAAGCUGGCUCUGUUCAAGCAAUUUUAUUUGUGGUUGAAGCCCGGAGGGAAGCUGCUGAUCAGUGAUUACUGCUGUGGAGAGAAGCCCUGGGCUCCUGCCUUCCAGGACUAUGUGAAGCAGAGGGGCUACAUCCUCUACACUCCCCCCCAGUACGGCAAGUUCCUGGAGGAGGCGGGGUUUGGGCGUGUCCGGGCGGAGGAUAGGACCGCCCAGUUUGUCGAGGUAAUCAAGGAGGAGCUGGGGAGAGCGGAGACACUGCGAGAGGAGUUCAUUCAGGAGUUCUCUGAAGAGGAUUACAGCUACAUCGUGAAGGGCUGGAGGGAGAAGCUGCAACGCUGUGAGCAAGGGGACCAGAGAUGGGGGCUGUUCUACGCUGAGCGACUCUGAGACUGACAGGGAGCUUGGAGAUGCAUCCGAUCAAAAACCACAGCACCGCUGCUCGGCUCACAUUGCUUCCCUGUUCCAUGGUUCAAUUCAAUUCAAACUUUACUGCUGCUUGAAUAAAAUCAAAAUUAUGGCACAGCUAUGAAGUGCAGUUUAUAGCGACACUAUUAAAGUUUGAUUUAAUUCAGGCUCUUGAAGGACACCCCCCCAGAUACAAACAUGUGAAAAAUGUGCUCCCUCAGUCCAGGGCAGGCUUGAGGCAUGGAGACUG